AUGGAGACAACCUACAAAACCAACGAAGAACGAAGAGAGAGUAUGAUGGAUACAGGUGACCAAGCCAACGCGUUCAUUCGUAGUAAAAAGCUUCUGCGAUCGCCAAUACUCAAACAAGUCGAAACACCAGGCUCUAGCGGCAGUAAUGGAGGAAUACCUGAGACCCAGCAAAGUCGGGGGAUCAAUCCCCUGUUCCUGCCAAAGUCCAGCGGUAGUUUAACCCAGGAAGGAGGGCUGACUGGAGAUAGCAUCCUGAGCACGAUCAUGUUGAGGGUCAAAGAACUCGACACCUUCGUGCAGGACAAACCCAACGUGCAUAAGGAGAUCAAGACCAGGAUAGAAAAAUCAAUGGAUGAAUACUUUUUGCCAACAUUAUUCGGCAGUCAAGAUUGUGAAGAAUUUUUUCGCCAUUUGAGAUCAUUGACUACUUUGUGUUCAACAAUUGUUAAUUUUUCAAUGCUGGACUUAUUGCAUAGAGUUCAUAGAGUAGACUUUAUGAACUAUGCAGAAAAUAUACUGCAAUGUUAUGGAGUCAAUUCGAAGAAGAGUUCCAAAACCUGCCAGACAUUUCAACUUCCGGGCCUAGAGGAAAUCGAACAAACUGUUCUGAAUGCCCAAGUUGACGCUGAAAAUGAAAUGUUGCACCUGGGUCUUCAGGCUGUGCAUCCUAUCUCAGCCUCGAUCUCAGCAUUAUUUCCUGAAAUAAGGUCUGAAAUUCCUUUUGAAACACCCAUCACGAACGAAGAACGGAAUGAUGAUGAAGUCAAUACAUAUGCUGAUGCAGAUGUUGACUUGGAUGAUGAGCACAACUAUUUGGAUCUCGAUUUGGAUCAUUUGGAUAUAACUGUGGCUUCAAACGGUGAUUCCAACAUGCAUGCCGAGAUGUAUGUACCUUUGGAUGUUGAAGAUGAAUUGCGGCUUAUGCUAGGAGAAAGCGCUAACAACAUUGAAAUUAAACAUCUCAUCAAGGAAAAUGUAUCAAUAAAAUCAUCACGACUGUACUUCAAAAUGCAGAAUUCAGAUGGAAAAGAAGUUUUUGUGAAAAAGUCAACUGUCGUUUGGUUGUUUAACAAUGUUAAGGAUACCGUUAGUUCAGAUCGCCUAUACCGUUUUGUUAGGAAUAAUGAUAGGAGAGUUGAUCCUAUUUUAGCCCAGUCUGCAGGAACGCAUGAUGAAAUUCAUAUUGGAGAUUGGUGUGAGUUUAAAUAUAGGGCACAUGGAAGAACACGAGUCGUGUAUGGUAAUGUGGUAGGAUUUGAAUACAUAAACGGUAGAUCGAAGAACUACACGCUGCACUGCGCUCCAGUAAAACCACCCAGUGGCAUUGUGCCAAGAGGAAUUUUUGUGUAUGCUAACUGGUUUGAACGAUGUGGCAAUGUAGCGAACAAAAUUCAACUUACUAACAUUGUAAAUGAUGGUCGGAUUGAUAUAGAUUUGUACAAAACACAUAUCCAAUCUCCAACAUUUAUAAACAAUGUUAUGACACUAGCUUGA